UCACGCUAGUCACAAGGGCGGCUUCUGAAUCUUCGGUGAAAACGUGUCGAAAGGCAACUUUCACUCCAGACCAUCGACGAACGGAUCGGCUCCUUCCAGGCUUCCACCUCCCAUCGUUGGCGAACUCGGUAAUCUUCACAAUGGUAACCCUCAAGCCAAAGCCAGUCGAGUAUCGCCAGCUAGGAUCGUCCGGCUUACGAGUAUCUGUUCCGAUCCUAGGUGCUAUGAGCUUCGGGUCCCCGAAAUGGCUCGAUUGGGUUUUAGACGAAGAGCAUUCCUUCCCGAUUCUGAAGGCUGCAUGGGAUAGAGGAAUCAAUACCAUCGACACGGCCAAUGUCUAUUCAAACGGAGAAUCAGAACGGAUCAUCGGUGCAUUCAUGGAAAAGGUCUGCAGAUCUUUGUCAAAUACCAUUCUCUGGCUAAAACACGGCAUCGGGCAGUACCAAGUUCCCCGCCAGGAGAUCGUCAUCGCUACUAAAUGCCACAGAAUUGUCGGAAAAGAUGCCACAAUACGAGGCAAACUCUCCGGCCAUCUGAAGAAGACGAGGGAUUAUGUCAAUCAGUGGGGACUGUCCAGAGCAGCAAUAUUCAACGCUGUCGAAGCAUCCCUCCCCCGCUUGAAGACGAAUUACAUCGACUUGCUACAGAUUCAUAGAUAUGACGACUUAACACCCCCGGAAGAGACGAUGAAAGCACUUCAUGAUCUCGUUCAGAGUGGAAAGGUCCGAUACAUUGGCGCGAGUUCUAUGCCGGUUUGGAAAUUCGCGUUGUUGAACGAAGUUGCGAGGAGAAAUGGGUGGACUACUUUCGUGAGCAUGCAGUGCGAGUAUUCGCUCUUAUAUCGUGAGGAGGAGCGGGAAAUGUUUGACUAUUGCAAGUACCACGGGAUCGGGAUCAUACCAUGGGCGCCUGUGGCUGGAGGGUACCUCACACGCUCUGUGGACGAGUCCACAAAACGAUCUGAAUCCGGGGGAUUUCCAAGGCCAAAGUUGACUGAUGUCGAUAAAAUCAUCAUCGGCCGCGUUGAGGAAGUGGCGAAGCGAUGCGGUGCAUCUAUGGCUCAGAUAGCAUUGGCUUGGGUUUCGGCCAAGGUGGUCAGCCCGAUUGUAGGUAUUUCUUCCAUAAAGAGGCUGGAAGAAAACGUCGUCGGCGUGGGACGUGAGUUAUCCGAAGAGGAUAUACUGUACCUAGAGGAGGCAUAUAUUCCGAAACCCGUCCAUGGAUUCGAAUAAUAACAAUUUUAAUGAAUAGGAAUACAUGGGUCAGAACCAAUAUCCCCUGUGCUAUAUCCUUAUCGCGUCGAUUUUUAGAGUGUGCUUUGCAGGUAUGGUAAAAAUGUGACUUUUUGAAUAACACGAGUUUCUGCGAAGUAGUUGACUGCUUGGUAUUGAUAGAGCGG